AUGCUGUGAGGCGGCAGACACCACAUUGAGCGUUGAGUUGCUGGGUUACUUUCACACUCCUGGUUGCCGAUUAAAGUAAAUGAGAAGCAGCUGCUCCACGUGUCACGAUGAGUCUCAGCAACCAAAAAUGAGGACGUGUGUUCCAGACCUUAUUUUGGUGACAUUUACUUCUCUGUCACUGCUUUUCCUGACAUGUAAAGUCCAGUCUGCUUCAAAACAACCUAAAGUGACAUUUUAUAACACUUUCAGCAAUGAUAUGUUGGUCUGCCAUGAAGAGUUCAUGUCUGUUUACAUACCAAAAGUGGAAUUUCCCGAUCUUCCUUUCUCCAUUUAUGUCCAAGAUGAAAGCAGCAGAUAUUACCAAGCCAUUGCUAUAGCAAAAAUGUGCCAUUACUACCUUGGAGAGACUGACACCUAUGCUGUCUUAACAGUGUCUUUCCAUGGAUGUUUCGUGAGAAGAAAAAGAUAUACGACGAGUCUGACUGUGGUCAUUGCGGCGCUUGCAGACGGGAGCAAACUUGAAAUUGUCAAGUCAAUACCUCUAAUCUGUGAAAGGAAAAUGAAAGAGGCAAACCAAAUUUUUCUUCCACGGUUACCUGGGCAAUAUUUCUGCAGCAAAGAUGGGUUCAACAUUACAAUCCCCAGGAGCACCACAAUCCCACCUCUGAACCUGGAUGCGGUCUGGAUCCCUUCUGGCCACAACCACAACUGCAAACCUCAAAAAAGAUCCAAUGAUACUGUCACGUUCAGCUUUCCAUUCACUGACUGUGGCACCCAGGCCAUGAUUUCAGAUGGGAAUAUUACGUACCAGAUCAAGAUUGAGGUGAAACGAAAUCCCCGGAGAUCUUCCAUACGUCGUGACACUCCUUUCCAUCUUACUGUGCAGUGUAGCUUUGUACUGACUCGAAUGACUCAACUGGGCUUCACGGUUCAACAAAAACAGUUGGAGUACCCGUCGACACUGAGGAGCAAAGGAACACUGAGGACUGAAAUGAGGUUUGCCAAAGAUUCCUCUUACAGGUCCUUCCAUUCCUCAGGUGACACUCCAACAGUAGUGGAACUUGGCCAGCCUGUAUAUGUGGAGGUGUUUGUGGUCAAACAUGAGGACAGGGACUUGGUGCUGCAGCUGGAGGACUGCUGGGCGACGCCGACUGAGGACCCGCAUGACCCGCAAAGAUGGAAGCUGCUUGUUAAAGGGUGCCCUUACACUGGUGAUAGCCAAAGAACUGUUGUGCUGCCAGUCUCCAGUAAUGAGCUGCCAUAUCCCUCCCUUCACAAAUGGUUUGAGGUGAAGAUGUUCGUAUUUGUGUCGCCACGGACAUUUAAAAACCUGGUGUAUUUCCACUGUGAUGUAGAGAUCUGUAAAAGACCAGAUUGCUUACAUCCCUGCAGCAAUCGAAAGCGUGCCUUAAGAGUCACACCAGGGCCAGGACGGAGGACUUUUAACAGAGUAGUUUCUGGUGGACCUCUUUGUUUUCUACUAUAAAUGAUCACAAAAGAAAAUUAAAUUAAUUUUAAGCACUGAAAUUAGAAACAGUUCAACCAAGAACUGUACAUGAUAUUGGAAGAGAUAAUAAAACUAUACUUUCACCCCAAGUAGUCAUCUUUUAUAUGAUUUUUCUGCUGUAAACUUAGCUAAUUCCUUGUGUUUAUGACAUUAACCUUGACAAUGUAAGUUGUGAGUGUCCUCUUUUAAAUGCAUGGUCCCUUAGUUUUAAUUAAUUUAAUUUACACUAAAUUUUAAUAUAUGAAGCAGGUUCAAAAGGGCAUUGUGAGGGGGAAAAAAAGAACUGUCAUUGUAGACUCUUUACGGUAUUGGCAGUUUUAAAAAGCGAACAUCUAUUUUUUUUUUUAAUAUGAAAUUGUAUUUUAGAGUGGGAAAAGGCUUUCCAUAUUUACCAUACAGACUGUGUUGCUAAGUGAAGAUUGAUGAUGGAAUCUAUAAUAGCAGCUCAGUGCAGAGAUUUUUUUUUAUCACCAACAUAUCCACAGAUGAAGUCAGUCCUCAGUUUUUGACUUUUUCCUCGAGAAACCUCCCAAAAACUACAGUCGACUGUUAUUUCCAAUAUAGUAUGUGUUUAGUUAUUUUAAGAUGUCCAGUCUGUUGAUUAUUUGAAUUUAGUAAAAUAUGACUUGUUGAAAAUAUAGCUUUGUUUAAUCCUUGAACAUUAAAGAACUGUCUAAUUGACAAUGUCGUGAAUAGCAAUAAAUGUACUUGAAUUUUUGUGUUCCGUUUAUGUUUGGUGUUUGAAAUUUUCUGUGUAAACCUUAUUUUAAAAAAACAAAUAUAUCCCGCCAGACUUUUAUUGUGGUGGGGGAUGCUGAGUCAUGUGCCCAUAAUGUGACCAAUAGGAAUGGAGGAUGAGUUAGUUUGCGGAAGUCAGCCUGCGUACCGUUUUCGUAAAUGAGGGGAAAUGUUAAAGAAGUUGAUAUUUUGUAUAGUUUAACGCUGUCUGGGGGGCACAAACGCGAAGUAAACCGAGUCAGUAAUUGUUUCAUCUGUUCAGCUUCUCUCACUGGUAUGUGCGGGUAAAGCUGAACACAAAUUGUCAGUUAUGUCCAAA